UACGACAGUCAGUUCAUUGGUGAAUUUCUGUACGAAUGAAAAUAUUGUUCCUCCAGAAUUUGCAAAACUAAAAAUUUGUUACUUUACGUGUAUUUAUCGAAGGAAUCGGAUAAAAUAGAUCCCGAAAUUACCUGGAAAUGUGAUAGCGUUGUUAUUGUUAAUAUUAUUUGUGAAUCAUGGCUGCCAAUUACACGGCACCAGUGGCCAGAAAAGGAACAUUAGAUAAGUUAGUGCGUGUUGGAUAUUAUGAGCUCGAGAAAACUAUUGGAAAAGGAAAUUUCGCUGUCGUCAAAUUGGCCUCAAAUAUCAUUACUAAGUCCAAGGUAGCGAUAAAAAUAAUCGACAAAACAUGUCUGGACGACGACAACCUAGCAAAAACAUAUCGCGAAAUUUCAAUACUAAAACUACUACGCCAUCCGCACAUAACCCGUCUGUACGAAGUGAUGGAAUCGUCCAACAUGAUCUAUUUGGUGACUGAAUAUGCGUCCAAAGGGGAAAUAUUCGAUCACUUGGUCAGCAAUGGACGGAUGAAGGAAGAAGAAGCCGCUCGCGUUUUUGCUCAAAUUAUAUCGGCCGUCGACUAUUGCCAUUGUAACGGAGUGUGUCAUAGAGAUUUGAAGGCCGAAAAUUUACUUCUCGAUAAUGAAAUGAACAUUAAGUUGGCCGAUUUUGGAUUUAGCAAUACAUUUACUCCAAAUUCACCGCUACGAACGUGGUGCGGUUCGCCUCCAUAUGCCGCACCGGAAGUUUUUCAAGGCCUUGAAUAUGAUGGUCCCAAGGCUGAUAUAUGGAGUCUGGGUGUUGUGCUAUAUGUUCUGGUAUGCGGUGCUCUGCCAUUCGACGGUCUUACGUUACACGAUUUACGCAGCAUGGUCGUCGCCGGGAAAUUUCGAAUUCCAUUUUUUAUGUCUCAAGAUUGUGAGCACUUGAUCAGGCAUAUGUUGGUUGUGGAACCGGAACGUCGAUUUUCGUUGCGACAAAUAUCACAGCAUCGCUGGAUGGCACCAUUUUCGGGUAGUAUGGAGGAAACGAAACAGAUAAUAAGCACCAAACCAGCCGUAUUGGAUUCGAUUGUUAUCAAACACAUGCUGGAGUUGCCGAAUUUAACUUUCGACGAAAUCGCCGAUUCGAUACACCAAAAUAGCUACAAUCACAUCUAUGCCAUUUACAAUCUGCUGGUGGACAAGUUGCAUUUGAAGAGAAAAGAGCAACAACGACUGCAACAUCAUGCCGGUAUUGGCUAUUCCAGAUCGAGAAAGACAAGCAUCACCACUGGCAUUGUCGAUCGUUCCGAAUUGGUUAAGUCAGAAGCCGAUCGCCUCAGUCCGCUGACCAACACAAGUAACCUCAUAUCAUUCCCAAACAUCAACGAUCCAACCAGCAAUGAUUUGGAAAAAUUCAUUGAAAUGGACGUUGAUGCGACGACAACGUCGCGUACAUUAGAUGUGCCCGAAUCAACCGACCAACAAACCAAUGCCAAUGUUACGGGUAAUGCCAGACGCCAUACGGUUGGACCUGGUGACGUCGCGCACGAACAGGCCUUAGUAAACAAUCCAUCAGCACCAAUCAAUUUCAAAUUUGGUCCCGAAAAUUGUCCGCAUUUACCAAUCAAUUUGCCGAUGCUACAGAAUCAGCCGUUGCACAAUUUCACGAUCAAAAACCAGCAUUUAUUGAAGCCACCAACGGCAAUGGAAGCAAGUUCCUUCGGACGACGUGCAUCCGAUGGUGGUGCUAAUCUCCACAUCUACUAUCCAACAUCAAGCAGCAAUGUGCACACGGUGGAUAACAUGUACAGUAACACCAACUCAAGGGAAUGCAUUCGAAUGGAUCAAAUGAGACCUGACGGUCAGAUCAGCGCAGAGGGCACUGAUGAAUCGAAUGAUGAGAUACAAAGAUACAUGCAUGGACGGGGAUGUUCGAAACGUCAUACCGUUGGCUGUACGGAUGAUUUAUCGGCUUCGACGAGUCCGAAUGACAGUUCGACUGACCAAUCAUUAUCUCAUUCGCCAGCACCGUCAACUUCCGGACGGACUAGACGAACUGGUCUUCUAACUGUGAUGGAACGACCGCCAGUUAUAAGUCCCGAACUUAUAAGAGAAGUAGAAGCACGUAUGAACCGUAACUACCUACCACCUGCACUAAAGUUGGCAAACUCUUGUGUCGGACCGAAUAGUCCGCCAGCAAUACCAACACCGCCACCAUUCCAGUCGGCUCCCAGUAGUUCGACAGUUGUGCGAAGAUAUGGACGCACAUGUAAAUUACCAACGGUACAGGAAGUUGGUCGCUACAGUCCAGUGCGGCGGGCAUCUGAAGGAUCCAAAUCCCAUAAUCCUGGACCGCUACAAGAAUACCAACUGCUGCAGAAAGGAUUGACAUCUCGAAAUCUUUUACCUAGUCCACCGUUAGCUAAUUCAGUUAGUUUACCAGGUUCGCCAAGUCACUGCAAGCCAAUAGAUGAUCGUGACAGCCAUUCAAUUGAAAUUCCGAGCGAUGUUAUGGCCAGUUUGGUGCCGGGAUUGGAGCGACUCGUGUCGGAAAAUCGUAUCACCGUUGAUGCGGCCAAUCAAAUAGUGAUAACUUGCAAGGUUCCCUUAGAAUUAGCACAACAUUUAGGUUUAUUAGCGCAUUCGGGCGCUCAUGGGAUGGACAUUUAUUCGGCCCAUCAACACUUGCAAAGUUUGAGUGUGUCACCAAUUCCACUCGACUACAACAAGUACAAUUGUUACAGCAACAGCGGUUUCAAUCAAAGUGGAACCAUGUCUCCAAACUUAUCAAGUCAAUUUAAUGUUGCAAAUUCUCAAAAUUUGCCAGCAUCGUUUGCCAGCACAGCAUCGCCAGUUUAUUCGAGUUUCAGCGGCAGCUCGUCACCAAAUCCGUACUAUAAUGCCGGUGGAUCGUCGCCGAUGCACCAAAUAACUAAGGGAAUCAGUGGAUUAUCCGCGGGUGGCGGAUCGAUAACGCGUGGAACAUCAGCCGCAUUCGAAUCGGCCAAUCAGCCGUUAGAUCUUACCAUGGAUGUUACCAAUACGGACAAUCCGUUCUAUUCGUCUGGAACGAGUUGGUACGUUCCAGCACAGUUCUAUGAUCUGAAACCUUUAAAUCUGUUACCAGCGGCACAACAAGUGCGUAUCGUACCGACGCCACCAGCUUCGCCAAACCUGUGCAUCAUACAAGAAGAAAAUUCAUUGCAACAUCCGUCAAUUACGUACCAAUCGGCGUCGUUCAUUACAAACGAAGACGCCAACUUUCCACAUUCCCAUCCACAAAUCUGUGUGACCGAUGUGCAAGGCGAUGAGUUUACACUGGUGGAUCAUGGGAACAGUAAGGACAGCGACGACUCUUUGGAUGGACAAAGUUCGAUCACAUUGCAAGGACUGAUAAUAUCGGAACCAUCCAGCGACAUGCCGUCAAUAACACGUGGCGUCGGUCGCAAAUCGAGUCUAGAAAUCGAACACAAGCAGGAAAUCUACGAACGGCGUGGCAGUGACCGAAGUGAUAAGUCUUCGUUGGGAUUCAGCGACGACAGUCUGAGCAACGAUUCAAACAUACUGUCACCGGGACAAGAGCCAUCAGCGAGCUCGGGCUUCAAAAGUUGCGAUUCCCAUUCCGAUCACACCGAGUCGAGGCUGUCGCCGGAUUCACUUUCCGAAUGUCGCAUGUCGGACGAGUACUAUGAGCUACCAUUGCCGACCGAGUGCUCCAAUUUGGAUUCGAUGCGAAUACUGGAAAUUGUCAAGCAAACGAUCGAUUCGAAAAUGCCGCCGAAGGGAUUCGUUUUACACCGGGUGGACAAUGAUGGUGAGGUGUCGAUGCCGGUCGACAUAUCCAACUUAAGUUUGGAAUAUUCGGGUGGACUGCAAAUCGAGUUACAGGUAUGUGACGGACGUAGCAAAAAUAAUGCUUGCAGCAAAGGGAUCAAACUGAGGCGCAUAUCAGGUGAUCAAUUUGAAUAUGGUAAAUUGUGUCAGCAGUUGAUCAGUUCGUUGACUGUUUGAGUUGAUAGCGACAGCUACAAAUGAUCGAUGCGACGUUACGAAAGUUUGUGUAAGGGAGGAAUGAAAAUUGUGCUUUUAAAUGGUGUGUGUGUGUGUGUCUCCACUGGUGGACUCAAACGAAAGUUGAAUUUUUGUCGUUUUAAUUUUUUAGAAAUUACAUUUCCAAUGUAGUCUGCGUACGCGCGGCUUGUGUAUGUGUUUGAUCGAGUGAGAGUUUCAUGUUAAUUGAAAGAUGAAGAAGAAACACUUCUUAAAGUUUCAAGAAAUUUUAUGAUUUUGUCGGGUUAGACCAAGGCAGCUGCCUUGGUUAGACGUUUUACCAUUUUUAUGUUCACCACAAACUACAGCAACCAAUUCUCGUUUGUUCGUUCUGUUCUGCCUGGUUUUUUUAUAGAUAAUUUUCAAUUUCUUUAGACUGAUUUAAAUACACUUAAAACAUCGACAUCAUUCCGAUAAAUAACUUAGUUGCGGUAGAAAAGACACAAUUAGUUCAAUUUUUAAUUUUAGUUUUUUUCUGUUAAAAUGUUACGAAUGUGACGCAUUAGCCAGACUAGCAGCACAAAUAGGCCGAAAGUCAACAUGUAUAUCAGUUCCGCAUAAGAACCUCGACACAUUUAUGUUAUGUUACAUGCCGAUGAAAAACAAUUGUUUCCCGCCACUCUUUUGCUUUUGAGCACUAGGUACGUAC